AUGUUCGCAAAAGUACUUCAUCAAAGAAUAACAAGGCAUGGGUGUCGAACCUAUUGGAUCACAAAACAAGAGAUAAGUUCAGUUCUUGGUUUUAAUAACCAACUAAUUUCUUCUGGUUUCAAUCAAAAAACAUCAAAUUUAGCAUCCAUUUUAUCACAAAUAACAAAAGAUUACAACACCAAAAUGUCUGAUUUAAUGAAAAUUGGUGGUCUACUCUGUGCAGAUCAGAAUUCAUCAUCGUCGACGGAUAAUAAUCGCAAUGGCAAUCAUAUUCUAAAGAACAAUGGAAAGGAUAGUGAAAUAGACUUUGAUCAUCUAAGGAUGCUCAGCAACAGUGGUGAUGAUCCACUAUCCAAACACUCUCUAAAGAAGCCACUACCAGCACCCUCUUUAAACAAUUCUACUUCUGGUCUAUUGUUUGGUAAUUCUUUACACUCCUCCUCUGAAAAUGAUUCAAACCAACCAGAGACAUCGCAUUCUGGAGGUAGCAUCGGUAGUCCAUUAAAUUCUACAAUAAUCUCUGUCACCAACUACAGUGACCGCAGCAGCACCACCACCGGAAACAGUAGCACUACCAGUAGUAAAGCCUCUGUAUCAACUGCAACCAAUGGAACUGGUAGUGGUUAUUCUCCAUCGUCAAUGGCGCCACAACUUUCAAUUGGAUCUUCAUCAGCAUCUCCCAAUGUAUCUAGCACUGCCCCACAAAACAGUUCUACGUCUUCCUCACCCAUCACAGGAUCAACGUUUUGCCAUCCAGAUUUAACAUCAUCACUUCCUCCACUUCCAACCAAGACAAACUCAUUAAAUACAAAAGAUAAAGAGGAGGACCUAAAUUUCAGUCAACUCGCCAAGAGUUUUAUUAACAAUAGUUUUUUAGUAAAUAAUAAUCCCAACAGCAACAACUCAAAUCCAAACUCUAUUUUAAAUACCAACUCAAUUUCAAGCUCCAACCUAACUAAUAAUCAUAAUAACAACAACAACUCCAACAAUACCAACAAAAACAAAGGAACACAAAAUGAAAUGGUUUUAAAUUCAAUUAUGAAUGGAAAUUUUUUAGUUUCACCAACUUCUUCACCACCAAUUCAAGAGGACAAACAGUCUAUGUCUACUAGUAACACAAAUAAUAGUAAUAUCAAUAGUAAUAGUAGUAAUAACAGUAAUAAUACCAAUCAAAACGAUACAAAUGGAAAUAAUAUUUAUCAGUUCGUGAUGGGAGAUGAAGGUGGUUCAAGUGGUGAAUUGGAUUCAAUACCUGCUGGAAACUAUGAUUCUGAUGAUGAUAGACAGUCACAAAAGCAGAGCCAAAAGUAUGGUUCCUCAAACAAUGGUGUAGGAGAGCAUCCUGUUUCAUCACGUAAGCUAUGGUCUCAGGAAGAGUGUUGCCAGCUACUAGAGCUGGUCCUUAAACUUGAUCCACAAUCCUUCAAGUCAAAAGAGUCUGAGAACCGUUGGCGUAUGAUCGCCAGUGAACUAGGUAGAACCGUCACUUCCACCCGUAAAAAGUAUAUGCGUUUGAUGAAUCGUUGGUCAUCAAGUACACCAACUCCAAGUUUUUCUUCACAACAAAACAAUAAUAACACUUCCAACAGUAAUAACAGCAACAACAACAAUAAUUAUAUUAAUAAUAGUAUACCAGAUAGAAAUAACAAUAAUAAUAAUAGUAAUGAUAGAAAAAGAAAGGAUAGUUUUCAAUAUGACCAACAAAUUCCACAUCAACAACAACAGCAACAACAACAUCAAUAUUCACAAAAAGUGGAAUUAUUACCACAACCAUAUCCACAUCAUCACCAGCAAUCCCCAGCAAUCCAAUAUCACCGAUACAACAGUAAUGAAAACACCCCACCAUACUAUGAAGGGUAUCAGCAUGGUUACAUUGUGAAUCAACAACCACCUCCACAAAGAUAUCCAAUAACAACACCCGUUUUGCAACAACCAGUACCUGUAUAUCAACACCAUCCACUCCAGCAACCACAACAUCAACAACAUCAGCACCAACAUCAACAACAACAUCAGCACCAUCCAUCACAGAUUCCAAUUCACCACACAACACCUACUUAUAUUCCAUUCCAGCAUCACUCUUUUCAACACCAACAACAGCAACAACACCAAUUUCACCCUGCAUCACAACCAGCAAUUAAAAGAAAUAAAACAUCCAUACCAUCACCUUCAGAUCAACCAUAUUAUUUUAUACCCAACGAGCCACAAAACCCCAAUAUUCCACUUCAAAUGAUGAAUUUACAACAAUCGAUAAAUAAUCAUUAUACAACAGAGUCAAAUUCAUCACCGACACUUUCACCCAACCCACACUCAAGUCCGUCUCAACAAUCAUCUGGUCAGACAUAUGGAUUCAGAGUGAUAAGUGAACAACUUACCAACUCCAUUCCCUUUCAACCAAAGAGAAGACCAAAAAAAUCGAAUGGAAAAUCCGAUUAA